AUGGCGAUCCGCAACACGACAUAUGCCAGGGAGGGCACAGCUGCAAAGGGGUUUGGACAAGACCGACAAUGGAAUUGGAGGAACUUUUUGAUCUGUUUCGCCAUUGCUGGCUGCGGCCAGCUGGCAUUUGGCUACCCUGCCUCCAUCAUUGGCGUCACUCUCGCACAACCAUCGUUCCUGGUCUAUAUGAAGCUCAUCAACGCGGAGACCGGAGAGCUGGCCCACGAUGCUGACUCUCUGAUCGGUGCUAUGUCCGGUGUCUUCCAGGCCGGAGCGUUCCUGGGAAUCAUCAUCGGAAGCUUCAUCAUGGACAAAUGGGGUCGCAAGGCAGGAACCGUGUUUUGUGCAACUAUGAGCCUUAUUGGCGGCGCCGGUCUGACUGGAUCUGUCAACACGACCAUGUUCAUUAUAUUCCGAUUGAUCGCCGGAGCUGGAUCUUGGGGCUUCCUUGCACUGACACCCGUCUACACGGCCGAACUGGCACCGCCCAAAUUGCGAGGAUUCUUUGUCGGCAUGAACGGCAUGGGUAUCACCAUAGGCUAUUCACUUGCCUCAUAUAUGGGUCUGGCAUUCUACUACGUUAAAAAUAAUCCUGCGGCUCAAUGGCGAGGGCCUCUAGGUCUUGCGCUCAUUUUCCCGGCUCUCCAGCUGCUUGUCAUUCUAUGGGCGCCGGAAUCUCCGCGGUAUCUGUUGAUGAAAGGCCGAGUCGAAGAGGCGAGGAAGAUCGUCAUGGAUCUCCACCAUGUACCCGGCGACCCGGACCAAGAAUAUGCACGCGGCGAGUUUUACCAGAUGCAAAAACAGGCAGAGUUCGACCGGACCCUGACACCUACAUACCGGGCCAUGUUCUUCAAGAAAUCGUACAGGAAGCGUACCAUCCUAGCUUGUGGCUUCGCUUUCAUCGGACAGUCCACCGCAGUGCUAGUCAUCAACAAUUAUGGUCCAACAUUGUACGCUGCUCUCGGAUACGACACCCUGGAUCAGUUGAAGCUGCAGUGUGGAUGGAUCACUAUGGGCACACCAGCCAAUCUGCUCGGUGCGGUGAUUAUGGACCGGGUGGGCCGACGUGUUCUCAUGCUUACGGGCGUGUUUGGUUGUUGUGCUUGCCUUAUCGUGGAGGCGGCUAUCAUUGCAACUUUUGCCAGCCCGAUCCCCGCGACGCCCAACUAUCCAGCGCUCCGGGCUGGUGUUGCCAUGUUUUACGUAUUUCUCCUGUUCUACGGAUGCGGUAUUGACGUCGCUGGCGUCGUCUUCUACAGCGAAAUCUUUCCGAACCAUCUUCGAGCGAAGGGCGUGGCAAUGUCUAUCUCCGCCGUUGCCCUUACCGAUCUCGUUUACCUCCAGGUGACUGCCACGGCUUUCAAGAACAUUGGCUGGAAAUUCUUUCUCGUCUUCAUCAUCAUCUCAGGCCUUGGUGGCAUCGCGGCCUUCCUCCUGCUGCCCGAGACUAAGGGAGUACCUCUCGAAGAAAUCGCGGCUGUCUUUGGAGAUACCGAGGAGGUGAUGGUCUACUCAGAGGACAUUCACGUCGAUCACCGCACGCACGACCUUGUCGUGGACGUCCACACGGGCAACACAGUGGAGGGCGGCGGCGGCGAAACGCUACACAAGGUGGCUACAGAAGCUACGGGGACGCCGGCCGGCACCAAACAUGAGGCAGCUCAUGUUGAAGGUUCUGAAAUGGUGACCCCAUUGGCAGAAAAGAACGCUUAG